AUGUCAAGCGGGAAGAAGAACAAGAUAGAAUACAAAGUUCAACUGCUUGACGACUCUACUAUAAGCUGCCGGGUCGAGAAAGGCUCAAAAGGCGAAGAAUUGAUAAACCAAGUGUUUAUAUUUCUGGAGUUAGAAGAAAAUGACUUCUUUGGGCUGUGCUAUUCCCACGCAAAACAGGGCGAUUUAUCAUGUUGGUUACAGAGCAAGAAACCUAUCCACAAGCAGAUAGGAACGUCUGCUGGUGGGUACCAGUUUAGGUUCAGAGUAAAGUUCUACCCACCUGACCCUGCUAGAAUACUUCAAAAAGAGAUGACCAGGUACUCAUUUGUGUGUCAACUAAAGAAAGAUAUAGCUGAGGAGCGAUUAACGUGCUCGUCCAACACUGAGUGUACGCUGGCUGCGUACGCGCUCCAAGCGGAGAUGGGAGACUUCGACAGCGAUGAGUAUCACGAGGAAGGUUAUAUUCAACAGUGUGCCUGGUUCUGUGAUGUGACACCGUCAAUGGAAGAGAAUAUCAGAGAUGCUCACAAAUCGUUGAGGGGACAAAGCCCAGCAGAAGCGGAUGUGCUCUUCCUUGACAUUGCCAAGAAAUUGGAGCUAUAUGGUAUACACCAGUUUGAGGCUGUGGACAAACACGGUUCAGCAAUACAUGUGGCAGCGGUUUGGAAUGGAAUUCACAUAUUUAGAUGCGGCUCCAAGCAGAAUUCCUUUCCCUGGUCUAAAGUAUAUAAGCUUGAUUUCAAAGGUCGCCAUUUCUACGUAAUUUUCAGAGUAAAUACUGAGGGACCUGGAAAAGAUACCAUUAUACUGAAAUUUGUCAACAAACAGUGUUGUAAGUUGUUUUGGAGGAGGUGCGUGGAAUACCACGCAUUCUUUAGACUUAAGAGACGGGAUUACACGGCUUCCAGACCAAGUUUAGCGGCUUCAACAGUUCCUGCUGGGACCUUAACUAGAGGAGCGCCAGGUCGUUCGACCAUAUCUGGGCCCAGUACGCAGCUUUCAGAUUUCAGAGAACUGGAUAGAAACCAUCACAGUACUCCAAGAAGCAAAGAGGCUGAAGAUGUGUCCCAUCACAAUGGAGACCGUUCACUGACUCUGGAUAGAAGCUUAUCGAGAAACUCUGAAAACCGGGGCGGUGAAAACAGAGGUUACUCGACCUUGCCUCCAAACUACAAGAAACAGCAUUCUGACACCAUCUCCAGCAAAUUUAACUCUUCGGUGGACAGUGGCAGUUACCAUUUGGGUACAGGUGCCAGCCAAGACAUACUGUCUGACAUGAUGUCUGAAAAGGAUGCCAGGGCAUCAGCCAACGAGAUUUUCAAGAAUGCGGAGUUGGAGCCGCACAGCAAAGAGGAGUUUGUUGCACUUUUCCAACAAAUAAGCCAGGAGCUAAACAAGGAGCAACUGGUGACAUCUUCCCCUGAGUUGCGACGACACUCUCCCGACCGGAGACCAGCCCCCGAACAUCAACCCUCCUCUCCAGAUCGUCAACACUCUGUGGACAGACAUCAGGAGCCUCAACUUGCCUCCCCACAGUUACCUCCCCAAACGAACGGAAUUUCUCCUGCGUUAUUGCAGAUUAAUUGCAACAUUGCUAACACGUCCUCUUUGACUAAAAUCUCCACCUUGGCUAGUGUACCAUCCAGAACGUCCAGCAGAGGUUCUCUGUCCAGCGAGACGGUGGAUGAUUACGAGACACCCAUCACCAUCCCACUUGAUCUGAUACUAGACGUGGGCAAGAGCAUGCCUGAUACUGGCUUCGCUAACUACUUGUCUCGCUAUUCGAAGGCGGGUUACAGUCGACUACACGCGGUUUCUCAAGAGUUCGUGUACACGGAGAAGACAUAUGUUAAAAUAUUGGGUGUGCUCAAUACAUUCCUCAGAGAAAUAACUAUACCUAACGGCCCGUUUAACAACGCCCAAAUGUUACUGUUAAGCAACCUCUACGAGAUGCACCAAAAGUUCCUGCGGCAACUUGAAGACAGACUGGUGGCCUGGACUAACGAGACACGAACUCUUAACAUCUCGGAUGUGCUCGCUAGAAACCUCUGUCUCUUUACGCUAUACACUGACUACAUCAAUGAUUACAAUCUGACGAUGGAACGGUUCAACGCGUGUUUGCAAGAAGAAGCAGUUUUCUCUAAACAUGUCAUAAUGUUCGAGGGUAGAUCGAGCAGUAUUGUCAGUAUCCCCAAUUUGUUACUCUACCCUGUCCUGAGGAUUAAACAGUAUCAGGAGCUCGUUGAUAGACUCAUCGGCUGUAUCGCUGAAAACGAUCCUAGCUACCCUGAUUUUAACGAAGUGUUCCACGAGAUAAACGCCAACACGCCGCCCCUCACCCAGGAGCUACCCAAGAUAAUGAACUUCACUGUUUUGCAGACCCUGGAGACCGAGCUGUUGGGGAUCAAGGAGAUACCUGUUUUAGGACGAGUGUUUCUAAGACGUGGGAUGGUGAGACACGUGACAGCAGGCCGGUCAGUGAUCAGGACCCUGAUCCUGCUCUCAGAUUGUCUCCUCUGUUGCAGAGACAAGGACAAGCAGCUUAUCGUGCUCGGGAUGUACCAUGUCAAGGAUAUCGAGGUGGAAGAGUCGAGAGAAGAUAACCUGUUUGGUUUCCUGGUCACACUAACAGACAGUAACCAGACCUUGGAGUUCCAGGUUGAGGACCCACAAGAUAGCGAGAAGUGGGUCCACGACCUCAAGUUUACCACCAGCAUCUACCGCAAGAGGAGAAAACCUGAGUUCCUUCCUACCCUGACCAAUGCACCAGGAACAGAGCAGGCUGUACAGGAACUGUGUAUGGUAUGUGGGAUUACUCUGGGCAGAGACAAGCGGCAGAGGACUUGUAAACUCUGCAACAAGGUGUUGUGUACGCGGUGCAGUUCGUGGAAACUGGCACUACCCGGACAGUCUGAAAUGCAGAGAGUCUGCGAGAGUUGUUAUUCUCGAGGAGAUGUCAGACACAGAGAUAUGGAGCUGACUCAGUACACAAUACAACCUCCUCUUAUCAGCUACGGUGGUGACGACAUGCUCUCCAUGGAACAGCUGUCUGGUUACGUGUAUGUAAGGUCACAGAACCGUACCCAAUGGAGGAGGAGGUGGCUGGAACUCAUCUUCUCUAAACUCUUCUUCUACGAGGCGGACGAUGAUGUCAAGCCACUUGGCUCCCUUGACAUGCUUCACCUUCAGGUGGCUGACACGAAAUACGAAGACCACGUGUCCGCAAACUACGCUUUUAAGAUAUCCAGCAAGACAUUCUCCAUUAUCGUGGCUUGUGAAACUGCUUAUUCUCUCAAGAGGUGGCUGCAAGUUCUGGAGAAGGCAACUCUGACCUCCAACCCAGAUGUAUACUGAGGUUAUAAAGAGAACAAACAUAAAAAUUAGGCUGAAUAUUCUGCUUUUUUCUAAAUGAUCGGACAGAGAAACGGAGAUGGAACUUGUAGUCCAACGAUAUCAUUUUGGAGGAACUUGGUGGCUGAAGUUAUAAAACCAAAAACAAUGAUACGUUUCUCAUGACUUUACCAACGCCGGAAAAAUAUGUAUAUUUAUUUUAGGCUGAAUUAUAUUUGCUGUGAGUAUUGUUCAUGAAUUAAACUUUGAGCGGAGAAGAAUGUCAUAAUUUUGAUGAGAAAUAGUUGAAGAAGAAUGUCAUAAUUUUGAUGAUAUCUUCGUGAAAUACAACCCCCAUUUAUAUAACAAUAUUUCCAGAAAAAUUUAAACUGGCACGUAGAAGUACAUUUUAUAAAACAUUUCAUUUAAAAUUCAACGCAAAAACUGUAAAUGUUAUGCUGAAAUUUAUAGUAAAAUUAUUAAAAGAAAAGUAGAUACUAGUUUGUUUUUAUGUUUUGUUAAAGUUUAUAGUUUGGACAGGAAAGUGAUGCUUGAUAUCCGUGCUAUUCAUUUGCUAGCAGUAAACCCGAAUUAUGUAUUUACUUAUUUAGAUUAAACAGACAC